AAGACAUCAAUGGCGUUUACUGUUUUCCGAUUACACGACGUCGUUUUAAUGUAUUUGAGAUUUUUCUCUUUUUUUUUAAUUGGCAGCUUUUUUAAAGCCACCCGAUGGUUUUUGUGGUUGGCGCGAACCCGACCCGUAAAACGUCGACGUGGCCCGAAUUUUUUACAUUUUCAUCGGAGAAUUUGAUUUCUGAGUCACAAUGGCGACAAUGGAGACUUCUGCUUCUUCUUCACUGUGUCGAGUUCCGUCUCUGUGGACCGUUGGAACAAGACCACGUCAGAUAAAAUCUACCGCUAGUUUUGUUUCUCCGGGAAGAAGAAGAAGAAGCCACGGCCUGUUGAUGAUAAGUAAUCGACGGCUGAGAACAACACCAUCGGCUCUAAGUGAACUGGCUGACACGGUGGCGGAGACAGGAAAAUCAGAGAUUACGUGGCAGAUUAUAGUUGGAACUAUUGCUGGAAUCAUACCAUUCGUUGUUGCAGGUGUUGAAUUCAGCAAAAGAAUAAUUGCACAGAAGAGAUGUGAAGAAUGUGGAGGAACAGGACUUGUUUUUAGAGACAACAAAUAUUUUCGUUGUCCUGAGUGUGGUGGGUUUCUUCCAUGGCAGUCAUGGAGGAGAUUCUUUACAGGCUGAUGUUGAUGAUCUCUGCAAAUAAGAUUUUCUUGAAUACAUUUAAAGAUUUGUGUAUUUUUUUACAAAACAUUUUCGAAUUCAAAAAAACAAACAAAUAUGUUGAAAAAUUAAGACCAGUACCUAUAUCUAUCUUAGUGUUUGUGUCAUGAUA